AUAACCCGCAGGCCGAUUAUUCGUUUAAAAAUGACGCACCCUGGGCACCAGCAUUUCUAUCUGGAAUAACGAAACCGACGUCGCAUUUAUUCGGUUCGGCCGGAGUUUCAAGCCUUUACAAUUGUGCUGUGUUGGAUCAAAUAAUUUACGAGCUUCCGGUCUCCUUUGACUCGAAAGGGGGAUAGUUUUUAGAGCUCGGAGAGUUUGAAUCGUAGUAGCUAUUUUGUUUACGCAAACACACACAUUUGUUUCUUGCUUUGGGAAUUAAAAUUGGUAAGAAUCGAUACGUAGAAUAGGUUAUCUUGUCAACCUGGCUGAUAACGAGGCAUUUAAAUUUAAAUCGCGUGCGAUAGGCAUGAAAUUGAUCUCGAUCAGUGAGGAUUUUUUUCAAGUACUUUUGAGAUAGUCGUGAAUAUUUUGCCACAGGGUGCUCAUAUUUGUAUUUUUUUUUUUUGUUAACAAGAACUGUUACGUGCGAAUUCCUAGGUUCUUUAGAACCUAAUGAAUGUUUUCCCUUGGCGAGGAUUACCUCGAGAGUUGGGAAAAAAAGAAAUGGGUGCCGAGGUCGUAUAAAAAUUCACUAAUACCGUUGCGACUGCAGUUCUAUUUCCAGAGAGCGUCCAAAAACGCAUUACCGAUCCGAUCCGCUGUACAGAUAGCGUUGCGAAUAUUGUCCAAUCGUAAUGUCGUACGUACUGUACUUGUCGCUCUCGCAUUGCGCGUGUUACUGUAAGUACUGAGUGAGCCACGAAAUGGACGUACGUAUUUACUACCAUUAACCAGAUCUACCUUGUUAAUUCUAUGACAUGUCACCCAAGCGAAAAACCCUAGGUGCCGAUCGUUCCGAUUCUCUGCGAUCUCACAUGGAAAGUAAUAAUUUUCUAAUGCAGGGACUUUGAAUAGUUUCCAAGUGCUGCAGUAUUACAUCUUGGAGCCAUCUUAAAGAGUUCGCUUACUGCGAUACCUGUGAAAUGUUUCCAGACUUUGUAUUAGAGAAGUUAUAUUUUCUCUGGAUCGGAGAAUCGAGACCUGCCACCUAAGGCUGGAGAAAUUUCAUUUCUUUUUCCCCAGACCCUCGAGAGGCCUGUUCUAGCGCGCUUUUUGGUGAGUAGAGUCACGACAUCGUCGCUUGACACAAAUCAAUUUAAUACACCGUCCUUAUCGAGUCGCUCUCACCGAUUCGUUGCAAUUGAUCGCCGAUCACUUGGGGAUUCUUAGGACCGGGUCGAUCCGUGAGUAUGUGUGCUGGACUGUAGCUUAUCUAUUCCGGGAUGAUCAUGUGGGUUGUGGAAUAAAAUAGGAAACAUCGAUUCGUAAGUAAGACUCGCAUUCGCAAAUUGCCAAAAGAAUCGAUUCUUGGCGCCUUAGUGUUAAUUCACAUUAAUCUGUAACAAUUAAAUGGAUCCUGUUCGGUAGAAAAUUGUGUAUAAUAAAUACUUGCUCACACCUCAUAAUUAUGUCUCAGGAAAAUCAGUGCCAAGAAUCACUCGAAAGAGCGACAAACAACUACUAGGUUUAUUUGACCCCUUGCCAAUGGUUUCAAAUUUCGCUGUCAUUGUUUCCUUUCUAUUUUCCUUUUACUUUCAAAUAAAUGCUAUCGUGAAAUUUCUAAUAUUUGUACAUAGACAUAUAUUGUCAUUUAUAGCUGCGACUUCUGUAAUUCCUCGGCACAAUUCAAUUUUGUUGCAAGUUACCACCAUUUAGAUUGUUUGAUUUGCUGCGGUUACAUAACCUAGACAAGUAGCUGUUAUAUAAUUUGACAAGUACACGGAAGAUUCGGUCUCAUUUUCAACGUAACUUCUAAUCGGCAUAUCUGAUUCCUUUAAUUUUCAUUCUCUCUUACGUUUCUCCUGUCCUUUUGGCAAAAAGUGUUUUCAGUUGCUUUGCAUGCCACUCGAAUGCAUCGAAUAACCUCUCGGGACAUCUUUCCAAGUACUCUCUUCUCGUUCCGAUCUGCCAAGUAAAUUAAAACGAUCCCACUGUGUUUAAUUCUAAGCUACCCUUACGCUGCAAGGUUACCACAUUCUGGAUUAAUUGUUUUCUUUUUAUUCUUAUAGCAACAAUCAGAUAGACAGAUACGUUCACCGAGAGUAAAAUUUGAAAGGGAUGUCUCUUUCCCUGCAUCACUGUUGCUCCAUCCAUGCAGACCGAUGUUAUAGCAUUUCCUUAGCUCGUACUUUCGUGUCUUAAAUAUCUAUAAAACAAUAUUAAUAUUUACAAACAAUAGUAAUAUUUUAGAAUGGAAACUAAUUGCCAUCAGGUCGUCUCCUUGCAGCGUAACAGUGGAUAGUCCCCUCCAUCUCUUUGCUACACUUUGAUCCCUAAAGUAAAGAAGAGAGAAGUGAAUUUUGGCAAUUUGUGACUGGUCCGAGAAAGAGAGCACGACGAGAGUAAAAAAAAGAAAAAAGAAAAGAAACGUAAGGAGCGAGUGAGAGUAAGCGAGAAAGGCGACGAGAAUUAAUGCGAGAUCGACGAGUGGCCAGUGACGUUUCGAAAAGCUUACCACGUCGGCGUUUUGUCGCAUGGACCUGGGAGAAUGCCCCCAGAUUCACGACUUGGCCCUCCGGGCUGACUAUGAGGCCGCCCAGAAGAAGAAGGACCACUUCUAUGACAUCGACGCCAUGGAGCAUUUGCAGAACUUCAUAGCGGACUGCGACCGGCGCACGGAACAGGCGAAACAACGACUCGCGGAGACGCAGGAGGAGCUGAGUGCCGAGGUCGCUGCCAAGGCAAAUAACGUCCACGUGCUCGCCGAGGAGAUCGGUAAGAAGCUGGCCAAGGCCGAGCAGCUAGGCGAGGAGGGCUUCGUCGAGGAGUCGAUGAAGCUUAUGGGGGAGAUCGACGAGCUGCGCAAACGUAAGAACGAGGCCGAGCAGGAGUAUCGCAACAGCAUGCCCGCCUCGAGUUACCAGCAACAGAAGCUACGGGUUUGCGAGGUCUGCAGCGCCUACCUCGGGAUCCACGACAACGACCGCCGGCUGGCCGACCAUUUCGGGGGUAAGCUCCAUCUGGGCUUCAUCAAGAUCCGGGAGAAGCUGGCCGAGCUCGAGAAGACCGUCGAGGAACGGCGCAGGGAGAAGAGGGAGUCGCUGAUGGACAGGGACAGGCAGCGCGACCGGGAGCGAGAGGACAGAGAGAGGGACAGGGACAGGGACCGAGAUCGGGACCGGGACCGCAGCCGCAGCGGGACCUACAGGGAGCGGGACCGGGACAGGGACAGGGACAGAGACAGGGACCGGGAGAGGGACAGGGACAGGGAGAGGGACCGGGAGAGAGAGCGCAGGGACAGGGACAGGAGGAGGUCCAGGUCAAGGAGCCGCAGCAGAGGGAAAAGGUCCAGGCGUUCCAGGAGCGGAAGCCGUGGUCGCAGAUCUCGGUCUCGUCGCAGCGGAUCAACCGAUCGUAAGAGAUAAAAUACAAAGUCAUUGUCGAGGUCGGUCACAGACUGUUCGCCGCCACCCGGGCAAUCGACACGUACACUCGCCGAUGGAUAAGCACGGGGAAACUAUCCUCCAUGGUACUCGUUUCGUCGUGUGUACCUCGCACUGACGCGCCUAUCCACUAUUGUUACAGGACACUCGCAUGUCGCAUACUCGAUUACAAUUUUUUUUUUUUUUAACAUUUACACGACACUUUGUUAGACCUUUUACCCGGGGCGGAAACGACCGCACACGGGACAGGCGAACAUCCGGUAGUUAUUUCAGCUAUUCUCUAUUCGCAAACGCCUUCGGGUUGUAAUCGCGACGUUUAAUAUUUCUUUCUCUGGUAGUUCUGGAAAAUCAAUGUGUUGUCAAUAUUUUUUGUCAGGUGGUGAUUGACCCUUUGCAUUGUUAACAUACGUACGCGAGUACGUAUGAGUACGUAGAGGUAGUUAUUGCUGGGAAGGACACUAUUCGGAGCGCAGUAAUGACGUUUCUAUUACCGAGUCCUGAGGGACGUUAUACGAUUUCUCCUCGUGUUUGUAUUCGAGUAUUUCUUAUAUAAAUAUUCUUAUAUAAAUAUUACGUUGCCCUUUGGGUCUUGGAUUGAAUUGAAAAUUAUUUUUAAAGUGCGUCCAGCGGUGCGAGGAAUAUUCAUAGGACGAGUGUGCACGUGUCGAGGACCGAGGGCGCAUUUAAUUAUCAGAACGGUCCUGAGACUAAUUAACUGCAUCUGUUUUAACGAUUUUAACGAGGUCGAUUGUUUCCCGUUGGCAUCGAAUCGUGUGAAAGAAAAAAAAAAAGUCUACUUUGAUAUCCUUAUCCGCACACAGACGUCUCCAAUUAAUUGACUAUAGUGGCGGGGCUGGGGGAAAAAAAAAAGAAAAGAAAAGGAAAUGAUAAGGAGAAAGCCCAAAUUUUCUCACGACUGUUAAUCAAAGUCGAAAGUGCUCGGGUAUUUUUUUCUUGCGGUCAUUGUUUUUCUUUCUCUCUCUCUCUCCUUUCUUCCCCCGUUUUUUAUUAUCAUUAUCCGUAUUCCAACUUUCCCUCGUACGAAAGAUAAGCUAAUAUCGGAUGUAAAUAAGUGUAAUUUUUGAUCCUCAUCUACCUUUGGAAGCAACUGCAUUACGAUAUUUAUGGUAAGGUCUAGUUAAUUAUAGAUAUUGUACGACUGUACCAGGAAUACUUAAUAAAAGGCGUAUUUCAAGACCAUUA